AUGGAUGCUGUGGAACUUGCCAGAAAAUUGCAGGAGGAGGCCACUUGCUCCAUCUGUCUCGACUACCUCACAGACCCCGUGAUGACCACCUGCGCUCACAAUUUCUGCCGAGAGUGCAUCCGGCUGACCUGGAAGAAGGCCAAAGGCCAGAAAACGAGGAGAAAGUGUAAGGACUCCUUUCCCUGCCCCGAGUGCCGCAAGCUAUCCCCCCGGAGGAACCUGCCGCCCAACUGUCUGCUGACCAAGGUGGCGGAGAUGGCGUGGCAGCACCCCAGCCUACAGAGCAGAGACCUGUGCCAGGUGCACCAGGAGCUGCUCAAACUCUUUUGUGAGGACGACCAGAGUCCCAUCUGCGUCAUCUGCAGGGAGUCCCAGGAACACCAGCCCCACAGGGUGGUCCCUACUGAGGAGGCUGUGCAGGAAUGGGCCUGGGCUGGGGGCCAGGGCAGGGAGUUGAAGCUGGAGGAAAACAUGGGACACCUGAGAGAGGAAAUGGUGAAGACCGGGAAGUUGCAAGCCAAGGAGGAACAGACCGGGGCCAAAUGGCAGAAGAAGGUGAAGGAGCAGAGGGAGCGCAUCGUGGUUGAGUUUGAGAAGAUGGGCCUCCUCCUCAUGGAGAAGCGGCGCCUGCUCCAGGCUCUGAAGGAGGAGGAGGAGGAGACAGUGGCAAAGCUGCAGAAGAGCAUGGCCUCACUGGACCAGCAGAGUCACUCCUUGAAGAUGCUGCUACUGCAGCUGAUGGGCAGGAAUGAGUGCACACCGCUCCAGAUGCUGCAGGAUGUGAAGGACCUCCUGGGCAGGAAGAACAGCCUGAGAGUGCAGUACCCAGAGACGACCCCCACCAUGCUGAAGACCGUCUGUAGGGUGCUGGGGCAGAUAGAGGUGCUCAAGAGUUUCCAAGAGGAUGUGGUGCCCGACCCCUCCACGGCAUACCCCUACCUCCUCUUACAUGAGAGCCGCCAGAGGCGCUACCUGAGCACCCCGAUGGACGGCACACCCCCUGUCAAGGACAGGUUCCUAGCCUGCCCCUGCACAGUGGGCCAAGAGACCUCCUCAGGGAGGCACUACUGGGAGGUGGGCAUGAACCUCACUUGUGAUGCACUGUGGGCCCUGGGCGUGUGCAGGGACAACGUGAGCCGGAGGGGCAGGGUCCCCAAGUGCCCAGAAAAUGGGUGCUGGGUGGUGCAGCUAUGCAAGGAAAAGAGGUGUGCACCUGCCAUGUGUGCCCUGACACCCGUCAUGCUGACUGAGCCCCCCAGCCACAUGGGCAUCUUCCUGGAUUUCGAGGCCGGAGAGGUAUCCUUCUACAAUGUGAACAAUGGGUCCCACCUGCAUACCUACUCCCAGCCCGCCUUCUCUGACCCCUUGCAACCCUUCUUCUGCCUUGGGGCCCCCGAAUCGGGCCAGAUGGUCAUCUCUACAGUGACCCUAUGGGUGAAGUGA